AUGUGUAUCCAUAUGUACUGCCCGCCUGUGUUGUCUCUGAUGGCGCCUAGGGGUGAAGGUCAAACUGUGUGUAGGAAGUGUUCCAUUCAUAGUUCUGUGCUAGGUAUAGGCGCACUCUCGCUUCGAAGUGUAUUUGUACGUAGUUAGUACUACCGCCCGCUUCUGGGUUUCCUCGUUGCACCAUGAAAGGUAUAGCCGGUUGCCAAUCUGCAAUGAGUAUAACCAUGUCUCGAAGAUGGAAGUUCUCUCAAUACAACUAGCAGGCUCAACAUCGAAGACCUGCACACGAGUCCCCUCGCCCUGGACAACAUCUGUCGAGCAGGUAAAUGAGUGAAUGAAUGCAGAAGCACACCUGGCGUCGAUGAUCGCCGCAAACUACAAGAAGCCUCCCGUGAUUCAGCCAGCCCGAUGCUUAUGAUUUAUCAUUUGGGGGGAUUGAGUCAAAAGGCUAGGAUGCUCCUCUCAAAGGACUAGUAGGUCGAUUAGUGGCAAUAUCCAUAGACUUAGCGAACUUCAAUUAUCUCGUAUGAGCGUACUUUGCUGCUCCAAUAGUAUUGAAUACGUUCCGGCGUAAAAACAAACUGGCGAGCGUUGUAGACGUUUCCGGUUCGAGAUAAUUCGUUACACUAUAUCGGUAUCGUCUGUGUUGCCUAUGUCGUCGGUUUCGAUGUUGCUACGCUUCCAAUUUUCAACAUCAUACUGCUAGUGAACUUGUCUGGUUUUCAGUCUUUUUCGACAGUGCUAUUCAUGGAGUUGUUGACUAGUUAUCGACGAAGCGAUGUGAUGCUCCACCCGGUGAUGUCAUAUUGAUGGCAUUGGGUCUCUCGCUGUCGCUUCUUCUUUUUCUCGUGGAAAAAUCGAUCAUUUAGUUUAUCAAUACAUGAAGAAUAAUAUGGAGGAUUGUUGCGGGUAGCUGGGUCAUUGUCAUCGUCAGGGUUAUUUAUAUUUUCAGAACGGUGGGCGUCUUAGGUACUACAAUAACGUUGAUGCGCAGAGCUGAUUCUCAACCACUCGUCUACACCGCCGAGCAAAGGAGGGAACGGCCAGGCCGAGAGACAAGGGGGACCCUUAGCUUCGCGGUAAAAGUGUAGUGAUUGCAGCUGGAUGUAGAUAAGGCUGGCACGAAUGGCAAGAGGAUGAAGAUACUUCGAAUCUAGCGAACUAGCGUCAGCAUCUGAAAUGGUGCGUCUUUGUCUGAUGAAAACACCGCUUUCGUGAUCCUUCAACGAAUGAAAUGCCUAUGGGAGGGGAAUUCAGACAGUGCA